AUCAAAAUAGAAAAAAAAAAUCGCCCCUUAUUCACCGAUCAACCCAACUAGCUCGUCUAUGAUAAAAUGAUCAUGUUUGGAGUUUAGCAGCUUUUAAUUACAUCCCCACUCGGGAUGUAAACUAUAAAAACAGUUAGCGCAUCGACGUGCUACCCGGGCGGUGAGUUUUAUUGACGGAAGCUACGUCUCUUUUAAACCUUUUUAUUUUUUUUGCUCGGCGGCUAACUAGCUCGGCUAUGGUGAGCUAGCAGCCGAGCUAGCAGGCUAGCGACGGAGUUGUAAACAGCCGCUCUCCUUGUCCCGGUGGCCCGUCGCGUCCCUGCAAAGUUGACGGGAAUUUCGGCUUGGUGGGGAGAGGGGAAAGUUUUUUUAGCGGGGGUAGGACCGAGCAAGAGUAGCGAGGGGGGGGAUGCUUUGCGGGGCUUUCAAGGCCCGACGGGAGUUGAAGAUUACCGAGUGAAACAAGGGAGAAAUGGCGUCCGCGGACGUGGACAGCAGUCAAAGCGACUUUCUUCAGGAACCGCAGACGACGACAGACAUGUCUGCCAUUCAGCUGUCGGGAUCAGACCGCUGGGAGGUGUUAACGCCCGUCUCGUCCGCAAAGGAUGAUCCCAACGGCGGGAUGGCUACAUCCAACGGGCAGUACGUGCUUCCCCUCGGGAGUCUCCCGAGCCAGCCUAUCUAUGUCACUGCGCCGGGGGGCGAGGCGGCGGCCAAUGGCGUGUCGGGCAUUCAAUAUCAAGUCAUCCCCCAGAUCCAAAAUGCGGACGGGACGCUGACGAGCUUCCAGACGCAAGGCUUGGAUGACGGCACGGGGCAAAUCCAGCUCCUCCAAGACGGCAGCCAAGGUGGCAUCGGAAUCGGCUGCGCGGCAGCGACCACCACGGACCUCCUGACACAGGCGGGGCAAGCGCAGUCCAUCCAGGGUCUUCCGCUGGCCGGGGGCUCGGCGUACCCAGUGGGGCUGCCCGGCAACAUCACCUUCGUGCCCAUCAACAGCGUGGACCUGGAGUCGCUGGGCCUGACGGCGGCGCAGACGGUGCCCAUCGCCACGGGCGUGACGGCGGAGGGCCAGCUGAUCAUGAGCGGACAGACCCUGGAGAACCCCGGGCAGGACGGCAAACUGACGGGCGACGGACACCAGCAGCUCUACGCGUCCGCCUCGGAUGCCCCCUCGCAGCUCCCCGCCACCAUCGACGGGACGGGCGUGCUGACCCAGGCCACGGCUGUGUCCGCUGGCGUGUCGGACCAUACGUCCACUUCGGAGAACUUUAAUUCCCACCUGCAGCAGAUCCAGGUGUCGUCCUCCAGCGCCGCCACUCUCUCGCAGCCCAUCCUCCAACUGUCGGGCGACGGUCAGGCCCAGGUGACCGGGGGCCAGGACCUGAACGCGGCGGCCAAUCAGACACUUCAGAGCGUCCAGCUGGUCAACCCGGGGACCUUCCUCAUCCAGGCCCAGACGGUCAGCCCCACCGGGCAGAUCCAGUGGCAGACCUUCCAGGUGCAGGGUGUUCAGUCGCUUCAGGGGCUCCAGCUGCCGCAGGGGCAGGGCCAGGCGCAGCAGCUGACCUUGGCCCCCGUGCAGACGCUCCCGCUGGGCCAGGCGGGCCAGGUCAGCUUGCCCAACCUCCAGACGGUGACCGUCAACUCGCUGACGCAAAGCGGCGUUCAGUUCCCGCAGCAGGGCGACGACACCAACAGCCCGGCUGGCAUCCAAAUCAAGGAGGAGCCCGACUCCGAGGAUUGGCACCUGAGCGGCGACUCCACGCUCAACCCCAGCGACCUGAACAACCUGCGCGUGCAGAUGACCAUCGACGACGACGCGGAUGCCGCCAGCGGCGAGGGCAAGCGUCUGCGGCGGGUGGCCUGCACCUGCCCCAACUGUAAAGAGUCGGGAGGAAGAGGCUCCGGGCUCGGCAAGAAGAAGCUGCACAUCUGCCACAUCGUGGGCUGCAGCAAAGUGUACGGCAAGACGUCGCACUUGCGCGCCCACCUGCGUUGGCACAGCGGCGAGCGGCCCUUCGUGUGCAACUGGAUGUACUGCGGCAAAAGGUUCACCAGGAGUGACGAGCUGCAAAGACACAGAAGGACGCACACAGGCGAGAAGAAGUUUGUGUGCGGCGAGUGCUCCAAGCGGUUCAUGCGCAGCGACCACCUGGCCAAGCACAUAAAGACUCACCAGAAUAAGAAAGGCGGCGCGCCCGCCUCGUCGUCAUCGCCCUUGCCCGCGGACACCCUCAUCACAGCCGACGGCACCACGCUCAUCCUGCAGUCGACCGGCGCCCACAACCUGGUGGCCAAUCAGGAGAUCCCGCUGCAGUUGGUCACGGUGGCGCCCGGCGAGGUGUUGGAAUGAGGCCGAGACGGACAGGUGAGAGAGAGAGAACUGCUCUAUCGCAAGGACAGCCUCUCCGAUCUCCUCUCUGAUUUGGGUUCUUUGGUUUUAUUGUUUUUUUACAUAUGAAUAUAAAUAUAUAUGACAAAUAUAUAUAUUUUAAGUAAGAGUUAUUCAGACUUUGUUUUUGCAGUCUUUUUAUAGGCCAGCGGAAGCAUUCAAAAUGGUUGCUAUGUACACACACACACACACACACACUCACACACGUUCUACACAAUGAAAUGCCUUAUUUUGUAUCAUAGUCGUGUAUAAAAUGCUGGAGGUGCAUGUGUGUGUUUUUUAUUUUUUUGUUUAUUGAAUACAAAGAUUCGCCGUGGAAAGAUUCCCCGACAAGUUUGGGAAGUGCGCUUACAGUACAGUUGAUUUAGUCAGCAGCCAUAUUUCCCGACAAAACGUCCAAUGCAGAAGUUCACUCGUUUUUUUUCCCUCACCGUUAGAGUUUUUCGAUCAUCACAACGUCACAAGACCAAAGGUCGGUUCCUGAACGAGAUGGGCACUUCCGCUCAUCUCGGAAACGGUUUAGGUUGGCGCAGAUCUUUGUAAAAACACAACAGCUCACUUGUUUUUCUCACCUUUCAAUUAUGCACUAAAUUAAAAACGUUUUCCAGAGAGGGUUUUGUCAUGAUACCACGUCAUGCCGUUUGCUGGACAAGAUCUGGUCGGCUAGGGCGUGGUUUUGUGAAUGCUAGGCUAACACUAAGUGAGCUUCCAAAAAUAGCUGACAAAAUAUGCAGCUUCUUUGAGCGCCCAGAAUUGAAUGUUUCUCACAAUGCUUUUGCUUUGUUUCUCUGAAAAUUUGUCAUCUGUUGUUUUUUUUGGCCUUUGUGUUUUUGAGCUUUUUUGUGUUUCAUCAGUCCAAUGAAAAACAUGCAUCUCCAAACUUUCAUUUUAAUAUGGAAAACAGCCAAACUUUUCAGAUGAAAGGAAAAAAAUCAUAAGGAUGUGGAGUUGGAUGGCUUUUUUUGUGCGUACAGUAACACUUGUGGUAAAUUCACAUUUGUUUGGUGAAAAUUCGGCCAAACAGAUGCAACAAAUCUUAGAGGCAAACAUUCCAGUCCAGAUAUGAGGUGAGAUUCAAUUCUUGCAAUAAAACAUGUGUGGCCACGUGAACUUGAAAGUUAACAAAACAAAAUCAAAACAAUCAUGUGAAUUUUGUUGUAUUAUUGUUUCCUCCAUGUAUAAUUCUCAUGUUUGUCCGCAUGUUUGUAGCACUCAUUUAAGUGUAUUAUCUUGUUUAUAGAAGCCAUCAAUUAGUCGACACAAUUUGUUUCAAUAUAUCGAAACAUUGUUUUAAAAUGAUUUUCUUUUUAUUAAGAGUUGGUGUAAAAAUUGAAUGUUACCUUGUUUUGUAAAACCUUUUUUCAAACGAUCACAAUAAAGUCUGAAACAUUCUGUCA